AUGGCCACGAUAAAACCUAUCGAGGGUCGCUCGGUCCAUCAAAUCCAGUCCGGACAAGUCAUUGUUGACCUUUGCUCGGUGGUAAAGGAGCUGGUGGAAAAUAGCUUGGACGCCGGAGCUACUUCGAUCGAGGUGCGGUUCAAAAAUGAUGGACUGGAUUCGAUCGAGGUGCAGGACAAUGGAAGUGGCAUCGACCCUCAAAAUUAUGAGAGCAUCGCUCUCAAACACUACACGUCGAAACUAGCCUCCUACGAUGAUCUUACGUCCCUGACAACUUUCGGAUUCCGCGGCGAAGCGCUCUCUUCACUAUGUGCUGUAUCCAACUUCCACAUAAUCACCGCUCAGGCGCACCAAGCGCCAAAAGCAAAUAAAUUGGAAUUCGAGCAUUCGGGGAGGCUCAAGGGGACACAGAUAGUUGCUGGACGAAAGGGAACCACAGUAUCUAUCUCGAAUCUGUUUUCCAGACUGCCAGUGCGCCGGAAAGAGUUGGAGAAGAAUAUCAAACGCGAAUUGGGCAAGGUUGUCAACCUACUCAACGAGUAUGCUUGUAUCAGCACUGGAGUGAGAUUUAGUGUCAAAAAUACCGACUCGAAGAAAAGGCAGCUCGUGCUGUUGACGACCAAACCGAAUGCUUCGAUAAGGGAUAACAUCGCGAAUGUAUAUGGAGCCAAGACACUGUCGACGUUGAUCCCUCUUGAAUUAGAGCUCGAGUUCGAACCAUCGGCGACCGGGAAGAGACUCAAUAGGGAUCUGAAUAAGAUUCAUGUCCGUGGUUAUGUCUCACGACCUGUGGUGGGAGAAGGCAGAGGAACACGCGAUCGGCAAAUGUACUAUGUCAACUCCCGACCAUGCGGUAUUCCGCAAGUCGCAAAAGCUUUCAAUGAAGUAUACAAGACCUACAACAUCUCCCAGGCGCCAUUCGUGCUCGCCGACUUUCAGAUGGAUACGAAUGCAUACGAUGUGAAUGUUUCGCCGGACAAGCGCACUAUUCUUUUGCAUGAUUCUGCUGCGCUUAUUGAAUCAUUGAAAGAGGCGUUGGAUCAGAUGUUUCAGGAAGCUGAGCAGACAGUGCCACAGUCUCAGUUCACGAGCAAUAAGCAGCAAACCGAUAUUCAGCAACGGUUGAAAUCGUCUCCCAUGAGGGCACCGCCUGAAAGGACAAGAGCUGAACAAGCUACCCCUGGUGAAGAAAGCCGAACAGAUAUAUCUGAGCACGUUCAAGUAACAUCUCAACAUGCUCAAGAAGACAAAGCUGCGGAGGGGACAGAUAUUGAAAGUGUGAUGCAGGGCGUUACCAACAGUCAAGUUACGAUUGUCGAUACGGCUGCGGAUGCUGGAGAGUCUGAUCACGGCGAAGAUGUCGAUGAGGCAGUCAAGAGAAUAAGGGCACGGGCUGCUGAAGUGUCUCCGCAACUGGAUGAGCGGCGAAUCUUGACAUUCCAGUCCCAAUCUCCGCCGAAGCAAAGCAGCGUAAUUCAAAACGCCUUUGAUCGGAUGCGACCAAGACGGCCACCCGCUGAAGUCGCCACAAUCACUAUAGGCGACAAAGUGACAACAUCGAUUGUUGGCCAUGGCGCGUUACGGAAGAGAGAUUCUUUCACUGCAGGCCAUACGGAGAGCAAACGGCAGUCGAAACGCAGAAUUCAUACUCCGUCCAAGCCGAACAUAUUUGGUCAGAAUCUUAGAUCCUUUAUCGCUCCUGGCGCGCAGACUCAAGCUCAAGAAGAAGAAGAUGAGGAGGAGAUCGAUGAGAUCGAUGAUAGUAGUGAUGAGGAGGUGUUAGAAGACACGCAGUUGUCAGCGGGAUCCGUAGAGUCACCGGAUGAGACAGAGCCAGCUGAUGAGCCUGUUGACGAAAGAGCCGACGAACAGGCUAAAGAUUUACAACCAGAUGCCACUUCCACGGAGUCUGACAAGGAUGUUAUGGAUGAACAGGAAAAUAAAGCUCGCGAAGACACUAAAGUCCAAGAUCUUAUCCGAAAAGCAGAGGAAAAGGGCGCAACCCAUAGCGAAAAUCACAUCAAACGUGGGAACUAUAUUGAAAAGGAGCGACAAACUAAUAAACAUUCAACGGCCCGACUUGUUGGAACACUUGAAAGCUCCUUUGCUAAAAUACAAGCUCAAAUCGAGACUCUUCAGAGGCAAUUAGGAUCAUACAAAAGACUUGACGAGGCCAAAGAGGACGAAGAACUAUUUGUCCAGCAGCAAAAGACCGGCGAAGAACGUCUCUCAUUAACCGUAUCUAAAGAUGACUUUGCCAAAAUGCGGAUUGUAGGACAAUUCAAUCUGGGGUUUAUACUCGCGACACGAUCACAUGGAGCCGAUGAACCAACGGCUCCUGCAGAAGAUGAACUCUUCAUUAUCGAUCAGCAUGCCUCAGACGAGAAGUAUAAUUUCGAGCGCCUUCAAGCUGAAACGGUUGUGCAGAACCAGCGUCUUGUACAUCCGAAGACACUAGAUCUGACAGCCGUUGAGGAAGAGAUCAUCAGAGAGAACAAGGAAGCUCUCGAGAAGAACGGCUUUGUCAUCGAAGUAGACGAUAGUGGCAACGAGCCCGUCGGUCGACGAUGCAAACUUAUAUCACUCCCACUAAGCAAAGAAGUCGUGUUUGACAUCCGUGAUCUCGAAGAGCUUAUUGUCCUGCUUUCCGAAGCCCCAACUGGCGCCAUGAGAAAUGUGGCCGCAUCGGAUUCAUACGUACCUCGACCUAGCAAGGUUCGCAAGAUGUUUGCUAUGCGUGCCUGCCGAUCAAGUAUUAUGAUCGGGAAGACUCUGACCGUCAAACAAAUGGUGAAGGCGGUGCGGAAUAUGGGUACAAUCGACAAACCUUGGAACUGCCCUCAUGGACGGCCAACGAUGCGCCAUUUGAUGACUUUAGGGUCUUGGGAUGAAUACGAUGAAUAUAGUCUGAGCAAUGAGCGACAUAUAGUUAUGGAAGAUUCGAGCAGUCCUUGGCGAAGAUUUUGUGAUUUGCAGAAUCAAGAAGAGGAGUAUGAGGAGGGAGAAGCAGGUGAAGAAUGA